CUAUGCAUCAUGCACUGUCUUCAAAACUCACUUCAACAGUUCAACACUACUAGUUUCCUUUGUCUCUCUCUCUGCAUUUCUCUGUUCAAUUCAACUACAUUUCUCUGUUCAGCGUACAAUGAUAUUGUGAUAAACUGCAUCCAUCAAGCAUUAUGGAACUUUUGAACAUGUAAUUAUCAAGGAGGAAGAUCACAAAAUUUAGUGAUUAAUGGCACUAAUUUCUGAGGUUUUGGCUAGUGUAAUAAUCUUGAUGACAAGGGCUUUUGAUAUACUUAAGUUGGUAUGCUUGUUUCCUAUUAGAAUUGGAUUAAUUGCCAUUUACACUUGGACAGAGUUGGUUACGAAUGCAAUUAUCUUUAAUGGAAACAUGAUAUUGAAUUUUAUGUCAUGGACAUUUGGUCUUAUCUUCUUGCAUGUAAGAGCUGUGAAUGCCAUUCAAAGGGAGAGUCAGCUGGAACGAAAACUACAUCGAAUGCAGAACGAGAUGGAGAAUCUGGAAUGGAAUCAGAAGAAACUUCAAGAACGGUUCCAAAUGGCUGUCAAAGAAUGCAAAAUGAUGGAGAUGUUACUGGCGGAGCUUGAAGAGGAACAUGAUAUGGCCAUUGCAAAAAUCGAAAACUUAGAGGGAAAGUUGAGGGAUCAGAUAAACGAGAAUCUUCGGCUCAAAGAAAUUCAAGGAAAGGCAUACUGGAAUUCCAAAGAUCCAAACACUGACAAUGACCGAAAGAUUGACGACAAAAGUCAUAGCAAUUCUUCUGCUACCCUUCAAUGGAAAUCUGGUUAUAGAGAAAGUGGAGAUUCCCUUCAGGAUCUGCUGAUGAACAAAGAUAAUUGGGAAGACGAGAGCAAAACUAGAACCGACUUGCUUAAACUCUUGAAACCUGGACUGAAAUCUGCACCUGCCAAUUCCGCUGCUAAACCAGUCUCAAAAGAUAUAAUAAAAGUGAAUGAAGUACUAGAUCAUCACCGAGACGUAGCUAUAUCGCAAUCAAUUUUCAGCGCGAUAUUAUCACUUAUAGUCGGAGUGACUGUUUGGGGAGCCGAUGAUCCUUGCAUGCCUCUUAUUAUAGCUCUCUUUGCUGUAGUAGGCAUGUCCUUAAAGAGUGUGGUGAAGUUUUUCUUCAGCAUUAGAAAUAAACCAGCUUCUGAUGCAGUUGCUCUUUUAAGUUUCAAUUGGUUCAUUCUUGGUACUUUAACCUACCCUACACUACCAAGGGUUGCACCUAUGUUGGCUCCACUAGUGCUUCGUUUCAUAGACCAAACCAUGACCAGAUUUGGCCUCUUAUCCUUUGUUUAAUAUUGUUUUUGUUUCUGGUUUGUGUUCUGUUAUGUGCAGUGUAUAAUCUGAAAUAUGAGUCUUUUUGUGGUCUAUAAGUGUAUGAUUCAUACUGUUUGUAAAGUAUGAGGAGUCUGUGUAAUUUGGUUGUCUAUGUUGAUAUAUUUUGUCUUUUUUUUCUUCAAGUUUUCAGCAUCCAAACAUGGAAAAUGCAACUGAUAGUAAAUCUGUUUUCUUCUUCUUUCAGUUCAGUAGAGCCUUUGUUAUUUUGAA